AUAACUUAUCGAUAAUUCCGCUGUAUCGCCGCGUUGUGUUUUUUGCCCAAAUAAUUUUCAUCGUUGUUUUCCCUUAAAUUUUCCCGAAAUAACCGCGCGAUGGGGGAAAGCGAUGCCGAGAGCGAUUCGAGCAGUAAUUCUAGCAGCAGCGGCUCCUCCAGUGGCAGCGACAGCGACGCCAGGAGCGAAUCCUCCUCGUCGGCCAGCAGCGGGCGCGAAGAAGAGGAAGCAGAGCCGGAGCAAUCCGCCAAAGAUGCGAAAAAAACUGAUGAUAGGGAUCGGGAGGAGGAUAGCGAUAAGGAAGGAGUAGCUAAAGAGGAUGAGGAUCCGCGUGACCAUAAAAAAAAUGCAGCUGAAGAUACCCCCUCGCCGGCCAAGCCAAUUUCCCAUUCUGCUGGCGUGGAAAAGCAGCAAGAAGAAGCAGCUGCUGCGACGGCGGAAAGUGAGAAAUUAAAUGAAGCGGAAAAUGUAGAAACACCUGUCCAACGGGAAGAAGAAGCAGAAGCCACAGGUGUGACGAAAAAGCUGGAAAGCCCGAAGACACAGGCGGAGCACGUUGAAAAAGAAGCAGAAGAGCGGGGAAAGGGGGAGGAGCAGCCGGUGACCACCAAUGGAAGCAACGGAAGUAGCAAGGAAUCGCCGGAGGAAACAGCUGCCGGUGCAGUGGAACCUCCUACAUCGGACAACCACGAGGAGGGCGAAAUAACCGAUAAAGACGAUGAUGACGAGCCGCCUGCCAAGGAGAGUGAGAAACCCGGCGCCGCCCAGAGCAGUCCAUCCAAAGAGUCCAACCGCCAACGCAGCCACAGCCAGGACGACAAGAGACGUCGGCCACGAUCCUCCAGUAGGAGUCCCUCGCCUCGCAGCCGUCGUCGUCCUCGCUCGAGGAGCGGGAACAGUAGGACCCGAAGCCGCAGUAUCAGUCCCAUUCGCCGUAGGUCGAAUUCCUUGGAGAGACGACGCCUGGAGCGCCAGAGGCGUCAUGAGGAGCGGGAUAAACGGGAUGAGGCAAGAGCUAAGGAGCGAGAAAAGCGCCAUCAGAAGCGUGAUAAGUCCACCAGCAGGCGAAGAGAUGAUUCCAAGGAAAGAAAGAGGUCCACUAGCAGGCGUAGAGAUGAUUCCAGGGAAAGGAAGAAGUCUUCAGAUCGCAAGCGAGAUCGUUCCACCUCCAGCCCAGGAUCGAAAUCAUCCAAAACUGCUCGCCAUCCAGAACCCACUAAUGCUGAUAAUGAAACCGUAACUGAACCUGCUGCCAAGAUAACAGAGCGUCAACGGAAAACGGUGGAUGUUUUAACCUCCAGAACAGGAGGAGCCUAUAUUCCACCAGCUAAGCUGCGUUUGAUGCAGUCACAGAUCACGGAUAAAGCAUCUGCUGCCUAUCAGAGAAUCGCUUGGGAGGCCCUCAAGAAAUCCAUCCAUGGUUACAUCAACAAAGUGAACGUAACAAAUAUAGCAAUUAUCACCAGGGAGCUUUUGAGAGAGAAUAUCGUCAGGGGAAGGGGUUUACUCAGCAGGAGUAUUAUCCAAGCCCAGGCUGCUUCGCCCACGUUUACCCAUGUCUACGCCGCUCUGGUGAGCAUUAUAAACUCAAAGUUUCCGAAUAUUGGAGAGCUCCUCCUCAAACGUCUCGUCAUCCAAUUCCGUAGGGCGUUCCGCCGUAAUGAUAAGUUGGUUUGCAUGUCGGCCACUAGAUUCAUUGGUCACCUGGUCAACCAGCGUGUGGCCCAUGAAAUUCUGGCCCUAGAGAUCCUCACCCUGUUGGUGGAAACUCCAACGGAUGAUUCGGUGGAGGUGGCCAUCAGUUUUCUAAAGGAGUGUGGCAUGAAACUGACUGAGGUUUCCUCAAAAGGCAUUGGGGCCAUCUUCGAGAUGCUGAGAAACAUCCUGCAUGAGGGAAAAUUGGACAAGCGAGUGCAGUACAUGAUCGAGGUGCUGUUCCAGGUGCGAAAGGAUGGCUUUAAGGACCAUCAGGCUGUUGUUUCGGAACUGGAGCUGGUGGAGGAGGACGAUCAGUUCACGCAUCUAAUGAUGUUAGACGAAGCCACUGAAACGGAGGAUAUACUGAAUGUUUUUAAAUUUGACGACAACUACGCGGAGAAUGAGGAGAAAUACAAAGGACUGAGUCGCGAGAUCCUGGGCAGCGAUGAUGGCAGUAGUUCGGGAUCAGGUUCCGGAUCGGGCUCGGAUAGCGAUUCGGAUGCAGAAUCUGGAUCGGAUGCGGAAAAGAAAACCGAGGGUGGCGACAUAAUCGACAACACCGAGACCAAUCUGAUUGCCCUGCGACGCACAAUUUACUUAACAAUUAACUCUAGUUUGGAUUACGAGGAGUGUGCCCACAAACUGAUGAAGAUGCAAUUGAAACCCGGACAAGAAAUAGAACUCUGCCACAUGUUCCUCGAUUGCUGUGCGGAACAGAGAACAUAUGAAAAGUUCUAUGGACUGCUGGCCCAACGGUUCUGCAACAUUAACAAGAUCUAUAUACCCCCCUUCGAGGAGAUCUUUAAGGACACCUAUCAAACCACCCACAGAUUGGACACGAAUCGCUUGAGAAACGUCAGCAAGUUCUUCGCCCAUCUGCUAUUUACAGACGCCAUUAGUUGGGAUGUGCUGGAGUGCAUCCAACUGAACGAGGAUGACACCACGUCAUCGAGCAGGAUCUUUAUAAAAAUCCUAUUUCAGGAGCUAGCUGAGUACAUGGGCUUGGGCAAACUAAAUGCAAAGCUCAAGGACGAAGUAUUGGUUGAAAGCCUGGCUGGCUUGUUCCCCAAGGAUAAUCCAAGAAACACCCGCUUCUCCAUUAAUUUCUUCACCUCCAUUGGUUUGGGUGGUCUGACCGAUGAUUUGAGAAGAUUCUUGAAAACUGCCCCCAAGGCUGUUCCCGCAAUAAAUGCCGAAAUUCUGGCCAGUACCGGAGGGAAUCCUUUCAAAGAUGGGUCUGCUCCCGCUGGAAAUUCCAAGAUAACCCCACCGUCGUCCUCCUCGUCAUCAUCAUCCUCCUCUGACACUAGCAGCGAUGACUCCAGUGAAGACGAUUCCAGUUCUGAAUCUUCUAGUGAAUCUUCAGGCUCCGAUUCCAGCUCAGAGCCCAAGAAGAAACGCAAACGCAAGGACAAAGACAAAAAGUCAAAGAAAGUCAGUAAGGAGAAAGCCAAAAAGGGUAAGAACAAAAAGGCAGAAAAGAAAAAGAAGGCGGAUAAGGAAAGGGAGAAAGAAAAACAAAAAUCUGAGAAGGAAAAGGAAAAAGAGAAACAAAGGGAAAGGCAAAAGGAACGAGAAAAGGAACAGGAGAAGGAUAAAAAGCGCGAGAAAGAGAAAGAAAAGAAGGCAGCGAAAAAGAAAUCAAAACGCAAGCGAAAACGCCAGGAGAGCUCAAGUUCCAACAGCAGCGAAGAAAGCGAAAAGUCGUCGUCUGAAUCCUCUUCAUCGAAUUCUUCCAGCGAAGAAAGCAACGCUGAGCCUAAGGCAAAGAUCAAGCGCCAGGAGCAAAUCCAAAAAAACAACAAAUUUCGGGGGCAACCGCAAGACAGUGAUGAAUUCAACCUAGAAGGUCCUGAAUCUAGAGAACGCAAUCGCAACCAGUCGAAUGGCAACGGCCAGAGACGCAGGGACAACUCUUUCAACAGACAAAGAAACCGGGAUUCUACUUCCUAUGGCAGGGAUCGAAACCGAGAGAAUUCUUCACACGACAGAGAAAGAAACCGGGAAAAUUCAUAUGACAAAGAAAGGAAGGUUCAAAAGUCUAUCUCUCACGAUAAGCAAAGAAAACGAGAUCGAUCCCUUUCUUAUGAGAAACCUCGCAGAAGAGAGGAUUCUUCCCCUCGCGAAAGACGUGUUGAGAAGAACAGUCGUGGUGAAAAAGACAGCCGACGUGGUGAUCGUUUGUCCAGAGAUGAGAGGUCAGAUCGAGGUGAAAGGUCUGAUCGUGGUGAAAGAUCAGAUCGUGGUCGUGAAAAGGAACGUGAUCGCGAUCUGAAGAGACAACGGGGACGCGAAAGAGAGCGUGACCAGGAACGCGUCGAAUCUCGUGACCGUGACCGCUCGCGAGGAGAGCGCAGUUCACACCGUUCCAAGGGGCGUGGCUGAAUUUGGAGACUGGACUGGAAACCGCGACAAAACUAAGGCAUAUUAAAAUUUGUGUUAAAUAUUUUACUUCUACAUGUGUACAAAGAAAAACCCACUAAGCUGAUAAACAAAAAUAAAUGUACAAAAUGCAACUGUCAAAUAGUUAUACACGCUUUACUAUACCGUAUAUUCACGACUUUUAGGCAUUUGUUCAGAUGAGGUAUAAUUAACAAUUGGACAAAAUUUAUACAUUUGUACAGA